UGAGCAGCAGCAGCAGCAGCUCACGUACCAGCGUUCUGGUACCGGACUACAUCCCACUGACGUCUGAAUUAUGCUGAAGAGAACUUGAAUUAAACUGAUAAUAAUCUCUCAGCUGGGAAAAGGGUUUUUAAGAGCAUCGAUGGACAGCGUGUUCCUGCAGCAGCCGGUCCGUCCUCAUCCUGAGGACGAGCUUUCAGGGAUGGCGCCUCGCAGCGGCUCUGAGAGACACCUGAGGUUUGUUUGUGAGCUCCAGCCCGGACCCGGACCCGGACCCGGACCCGGACCAGGACCCGGACCAGGACCCGGACCUCCGGAGACGAACCCUGAGUCGGUGUCGGUCGUCCUGCCGCCGCAGUGCAGCGUCUACCAGCUGCGGCUGCACAUCUGCAUGCAGGCUCAGGAACAAAACUGGCACCCAGAUCCAUUUGCUCUCCUUGAUCCCAAGAGAUACACCCUGCUGUACGCCAGAGAGGAUGACUGGUACGAGGCCUACGACGACUGCCAGAUCAUCCGGACGUUGGACAUCCCCUGGUCCACCGACGACUCCAACUGUCUGCUGGCGAACAUCGUUGUAAAGCCGCUGGUGGAGGUUGAUUCGGAGGAGAAGACGCGGCAACGGCAGUGGCUGACCUACCUGAUUGGACACGACCUGGAGACGGAGGCGACCGACAGACUGGGCGAGCUAACGUUCACCCGCAGGAAGCUGGCGUCUCCGAGGAGACUCGAGCUGAAGAGUCGUGACGAUACGCUGUACGCCACGGAGCCCUGGGUGACGACGGCUCCGGUCCCUGAGGACCUCCAGGACUGGCUGACCAGGACGAUUCCCAUCACCUUCCACUACGUUAGCAAGCUCAGCUUCAGCAUAGAGGUCGACUUCAACGUAACGCCGGACGUUCUUCUCAAAGUCUUCAGAAGGGUGAUGGUCGACCAAGGGCUUGAAUGCGACUCCUCUGAGGACCUGGUGCUGAAGGUUUCGGGGAGGGAGGAGUUUUUAUCCGGAGAGCACACCCUAAUGGACUUCCUGUGGGUGCGACAGUGUCUGACGACCAACCAGGAUCUCCACGUCUCUGUGGUUCCCGUCUCGCACCUCGCGGCGGAGACCGUCCUGCUUCUGGACUGGCCGCUCGUCGACGGUUUCAGCGGGCAGUUCAGUUCCCACGACGACCUCAGCCUCCAAGGGAAGGACCUGGACGACAUUUUCAUGAUAUCCUUGUGGGACUGCGACAGGAAGUUCAGGGUCAAACUGCUCGGCUUCGAUAUCCCAAAUCUGCCGGGCAAAUGUCCCCAGUCCGUCUACGUCGAAGCGUCCAUACUUUACGGAAACAAGACCCUCGCCUCCGUGUCCUCCACCCCCAAACCUUUCGCCGAUGAGGUCUUAUGGAAUGAGUGGCUGGAAUUUGACGUCCUCCUUUGGGAUCUGCCCCGCGGAGUCAAGCUGGGCCUCACUAUUAACGCCAGCACCAGCGACGUCUCCCCAACCACCAAAGACCCAAAGCCACAAGCAGCUAGAGACACGAAGGCUUCACCUACCAGGUCCAUGAAAGACCCAAAGCCGCCAGCGCCUUCGGGCACCAAGGCAGCAGACCCGCAGAAGGGGAAAGGGAAGGUCCUCUACUUCAUCAAUCUCCUGCUCAUAGAUCACAGAUCUGUGCUCAGCCAGGGCCCCCACACCCUGCACAUGUGGUGCUACCCCGACCAGGACGAGGAGGCCAUCACCUACCAGGCGGACAAGCUGUCCUCUGCAACCAACCCGGACGUCUCUGAGUCCAUGGCCGUCAGCAUCCUGCUGGACCAGUACAGCUACCCGGUGGUUCUCCCCAACACCUGCUGCCCCAACGACGGCUCUGACAGCCCCGUACAGGACUCUCCCUCGGCCGGCUCUGAUGUCCCUGCCGGUGUCCCUUACUCUUCUUCACCACCUUCCACCUUCUCCAAGCCCAAUGUGUGGGGGAAAACCCUCCAGGCUCCGUCGGCCAACGCGGUGACGCUCAGGUCCCAGUCUCCCGUCUUCAACACAAAGAGGCAUUGCCUGCAAAGGUUCCGGGAGGAGAGCGUCCACUACGCGUCCAACCUGCCCCAGUUCCUGCGCAGCGUGGACUGGAUGAACCGGCGGGUGGUGGACGAGGUGCACUGGCUGCUGGGACACUGGGAUCCUGCAGAGCUGGACGUGACCGUGGCCCUGGAGCUGCUGAGCAUGGACUUCGCCGACGAGACGGUCCGGAGGCUGGCAGUGCAGCGGCUGGAGGAGCUGUCCAACGACGACGUGCUCAAGUAUCUACUGCAGCUGGUGCAGACCCUGAAAGUGGAACCUUACCACGACAGUUUCCUCGCUCGGUUCCUAAUCCAAAGAGCUCUCCGGAGCAAGCGGAUCGGCCACUUCUUCUUCUGGUACGUGCGCAGCGAGGUGGCCGGCUGCCCGUUCUUCCGGCAGCGCAUGGCGGUGAUCCUGGAGGCCUACCUGCUGGGCUGCGGCCAGGCCAUGGUGGACGGCUUCACCCUGCAGGUCCAGACCGUGGAGGCCCUGCAGGAAGUGGCCGCUCACAUCAAGAGGCUCUACCCCGACAACCUCUCCUCUUCAGCCCCCCUGCAGCUGCAGGAGCUGCUGAGGAACAGUAACCUGCCCAACGAGUUCCUGCUGCCCCUGGACCCCCGUAUGAAAGUGGGCUCAAUCCUGCUGGAGAAGUGCAAAGUGAUGGCCAGCAAGAAGAAGCCUCUGUGGCUGGAGUUCAGUCCUAUGCCGUCCCCCACCUCCCCCCCACCCGUGGGCGUCAUCUUCAAGCAGGGGGACGACCUCCGGCAGGACAUGCUGGUCAUCCAGACUCUGGCGGUGAUGGACUCCAUCUGGAAGCAGAAGUCUCUGGACCUCAACCUGAUUCCUUACGGCUGCAUCUCCACGGGACACAACCAAGGAAUGAUCGAGGUCGUGAGGAACGCAGCGACCAUCGCAGCGGUCCAGAGGAGCCAUGGAGGAACGACGGGAGCCUUCAGGAACGAUGCUCUGUUUGAGUGGCUCAAGUCCAAGGGUCCGCUGCAGGAAAUACACUACAAGACCGUGGAGAAGUUUGUGAAGUCGUGCGCCGGCUACUGCGUGGCCACGUACGUGCUGGGCAUCGGAGACCGGCACAACGACAACAUCAUGAUCACGGACCAGGGGAACUUGUUCCACAUCGACUUCGGCCACAUCCUGGGAAACAGGAAGCACUUCCUGGGGGUGAACAGGGAGCGCGUGCCGUUCGUCCUCACGCCCGACUUCCUGUACGUCAUGGGCCGGGUCAAAGGUCGCAACAGCCUCUACUUCCAGCGGUUCCGGGACACGUGCAGCCAGGCCUACCUGCUGCUGCGUUCCCACUCCCGCCUGCUGGUGACGCUGUUCUCCCUCAUGCUGCUGACGGGGAUCCCGGAGCUCAGCGCCGCCGAGGACCUGCUCUACCUGCGGGAGGCGCUGCAGCAGGAGCAGACGGAGGCCGAGGCCAAGGAGCACUUCCUGCAGCAGAUCUCCGAGUGUGAGAGGCUGGGCUGGACCGUGCAGGCCAACUGGUGGAUCCACAUGAUGGCAGGAAUCCGGUAGCCUCCAGCCUCGGCCCGAGUGCAGAGGCUGCAGACGGACACUUCCUCCCUAAAAGAUCCACUCCGACGUUACAUUGACUUGUCUACCAGAAUCAUAAGAAUUAAUCAUCGUCUAUGUCUUAAAAUCAUCCUGUUUUCCUUUGUUCUGUUUCAUUUCUGCAUCGAGACGUCUGAUUCAAGACUCAAGAUUCUCUUUAUUGUCAUUGUAACAAGUGCAACGAAAGGUAGGGUGCAGGCCUUCAGUACAACAAAAAACAGAGUGCAAUAUUAACAAUAAAUAUAUAAAACAAUAUGAAAACAAUAUAAAAACAACUGUUGUGCCACAGCGGGUUAGCUUGGCUGAUCAGUUAUCGAAGGGUUAUUAAUAAUUUUAUUAAUAAUUAUUAAUAAUUAAUAAAGUCAACUAUUUAUCAAAUUGAAUGACCAAUAUGAUAAAUAAAAUCAUCGGGGCACCACCCUGGGCCUUAAUCCAGGGAAAUGAUAACUUUUAACAGCAGAAAAUCAGUCUCAAAAUAGGGAUUAUCCACCAGAACACAGUAAGAGCUGUUAUUACUGGUGAAUAAUGUUGAAGGCGUGCAGUUCGAGCACUGGCUCUGUUCAAACAAUCAGUUGUGACCAAAAUUGCAUGAAACAACAACAACCACUCAUUAAAAAUCAAUCAGAAUGUAUUUACAUACGGGUAUCAAAGCAGGUGUAAAUAAAUACCCAAAUAAAUCCUGAUGGCACACUACAUUAUUAUAAAACCAUUAAUUAACCAGAAAACAUCAAUAGAAAUGAAAUGAAACUUAAAUGCAUGGAAUGAAAAAGAAAUCAAAGCAAUAAUAAAGAUGAUAAAGAACAUCUACAGUUCAAGCAUUUAAAGCUGGCGGGGCUUCUGUGGUAUUUAAAGAUGGCGGAGCCCCCUUUGGGCCACGUGCGAUCAGACCAGAUGGCAAACGCAGCAUUUAAAACGUGCCUACGGCAGAAAACAACGAAUACCAAAUAAUCAACACGAUAAUGAUAACAAUGAUGAUGGUGUAUGCGGUAAUCUCAGUUCGGAACACAGAUUUAGCUCUGAAACGCUCCAAGUUACUGAUAACCAGGGCUCACGACUUCACACUCAGUUCUGAACCGCUCUUAAGUCCUACUGAUCACCAGGACUCAUGAGCUCACGUCUCCUCGGGAUCCGGAUCGGGUGCCUGCGGGCUUUGUCGACUGGGGUCGCGGUCCUGCUGGGGAACUUCCCAGUCAGUCUCUCGCGUCCCGUCCCUUCCCCUGAAACGGAUUAGACAGCGGCGGGGCCGCCUCGUGCCGGGCGUUGCUUCCGGACCAAGGGAGGCUCUCACGCAUUCCUAGGCGCGGCGGGGGACCGGUCAUUCGUUGCCGUGCGUCCCUGCUCGCCGGUCGCCGACGCGCGGCCGUCCGGGCCCCGGGAAAGCUCACAACCGGGCGAGAUGCCGGCCGUCCGCUGUUGUGCAACUCAGGUAGCUUGGCUGAUUAGUUAUCGAAGGGUUAUUAAUAAUUUUAUUAAUAAUUAAUAAAGUUGACUAUUUACCAAAUUGAAUGAUCAAUAUGAUAAAUAAAAUCCUCGGGGCACCACCCUAGGCCUUAAUCUAGGGAAAUGAUAACUUUUAACAGCAGAAAAUCAGUCUCAAUAUGAUUUGAAUUAUCCUGCAGAACAGCAAAUCUUACUAUAUCUUACAGAAUAACAAUGAAGGCGUGAUAUCCGAACACUAGGCUCUGCUUAAACAAAUCAACUUGUGACCAAAUCUUGCAUGAAAUAACAACAACCACUCAUUAAAAAUCAAUCAGGAUUUAUUUACAUACAGGUGUCAAAAGAUGAUAAAUGGAUACCCAAUAAAUCCCGAUGGCAGAACUUAAGUAUUAUAAAAACAAUUAAUUAACUAGAAAAACAUCAAUAGAAAAAUAUGACAUGAAAGUUAAAUGCAUGGAAUGAAAAAAAGAAAUCAAAGCAAUAAUAAAAAUGAUAUCACGAACAUGUACAGUUUAAAAUAUUGCAGUGUUUAGAGGGUCGUAUUUUAAAGAUGGCGGAACCCUCUUUAAGCCACGUGCAAAUCUAGACCGGAUGUUACUCCCGGUGUUUUAAACGUGACUACGGCAGAAAACAGCGCUUUAAAACAUGAAUGACUAGCAGAAAGUAGUGACUACAAAUUAAUGAAAACAGUCCUUAUAAUGAUGCUGAUGUAAUCUCAGCUCUGAACACAGAUUUAGCUCUGUAACACUCCCAGUUAAACUCAUACACCCAGGUCUCAAAACCUCACGCCUCCUCCGGUCUCCGGGUGCCGAUCAGGGGUUCCUGCCGGGUCUUUGGUCGGAGUCCGAUCCAAGAGAGUCCUCCCGCCUCUCCCGCUCCUCCUCCUGACUCUGGAAUCACGAGAGGACGGGGGUACAGCUGAAGCAGCCGGCGCUCCAGCCCCGGUCCGGAGGCUAUCACGUCGUCUCGGGGGCGCGCGGGGCCAGUCUACUUCUUCUGAGUGCUGGUGCCCGUCGGCCUGAGCGCGUGGCCACGGGACGGGCGGCGGGAUGCGUCUCGGUUCUGCGCGGGGCAGGCUGUCCACAGGUCCUUUCAGGUGAAGUUUAAGAGCAGAGGAACGGGUCUCACCCUGGGCCGGGGCCGAGCUUCGAAGCGGCUUCCCCCCCCUUUCCAGCUCCCAGGGACCGGGGAUACGUGAAGCAGGACUCUGGAUGAAAAGUUGAGACCGAGAGCUGAUGGGGGCGGCUCCGCGCACCGCGGCUUCAACGGGCUGCAGGUCCAACGGAGCGGCCCGAUGGGGGCCUUACACCUCCCCCCAGCCGGGGAGAGAACGGAAGAUGGGAUCUUGGCCCAGAGCCAAACGAUCCAGCUCGGAUGAGAUCUAGUGGAGAAGGAAAGAGAUGCAGCCGGCGCUGUCUGCGCCGCGGGCCCUCGCUGAUCCGCCGGCCAGACCACGCCGCAGAUCCCCCCCUUUGGGGGGGGGAAGGCCGUGGUCCCUUUGGCCCGGAGCCAAAGGUGCACGAACUGACCCACUGGUUGAUGAAAGAAAAAAGAGAGCGAUGAACGCGCAGCGUUGCGUUUUGAUCCUACGCGCGCUGCGGUGACGUCAUCGGUGCCUCAUUGCGAUUGGAUGCGCGCCGCUUGUAGGCGCCACCCCCCCCCACGCAAGGCAUGCUGGGGGUUGUAGUUCCUGGCCAGGCUGCCAUUUUUGGAGGCACAUUACAGCCGAUUUUCAGCUGAGUCAUUUCAAAGUUGAAUGUACACAUUCACAAAAUGUAAACAUACAUUUAUAAGUUCAGAGUUCACAUGGCCAAAUGGGUGAGCACAACACCGCCCAGGAAACCGUCCCGAUUCCUGCGCGAUCAGUAAACAGGGGCUCGGACGGGGAAAGGGGCUUCAGUCGGAGCGUUCAGUCGCAGCGGUGUCCCAAUCUGAUGGCCGGGAGCGCGUGGGCGUCGUGAGCUCGGAUCUGUAAAACUUAAACAGGACAGAGUUAAGUGGGAGCCGGAGGGAUCCUCCGGGGAUCGCGGCUCCGUGGACCGCAGGUCCAACCGGCGGGCUCGAUCCGAUGCGGGCCUCACGCCUCCCCCCAGCCGGCGGGAGAAAAGGAGAUGGGAUCUUGGCCCGGAGCCAAAGAUCCAGCUCCGAUGAAAGGUGGUGUGGAAGAGAGCGAAUGGGCGUCAGGCUGCUCAUCUUUAUAGUCUUUUUGGGGCGGGACUGGCCAGCAGGCAGUGCCCCCCUUUUUUUUGGUCGUGCAGAGGCCUGGCUUUGUGCUCCGCUGCGUCCGACCCCCCCCCAGGUGUCAUAAACCCCAGGGAGUCUGUUCUCUGGCAGGAACCCUGUUGGUUUCUGGGGUUCCAUUGUGUUUGACCCCCUUUAGGUGUCAUAAACCUUAGUCCUGGCUCCGGGGGACUUUCUCUGCUUGCUUUGAUCUGGGGCCGUGCAGCGGGGGUCAUAAGCGGACCAUCUCGAGCCAGGCCGCGGGGGUCAUAAACUGGCCAGGAAGUUAGCAGCAGGGGCGGUAAAACUCUUGCUUUCAGGAAGAAGGCCGACGUCUGGCUUUCACCGGAAUUUGAUGAUCAUGAAAUGUUCAUCCGAUCGCACAUGUCAUGAAUUCAUCGUCAUAUGUUCACAUGGGCGGUAGCCCAACACAACAAUAUAAAAAGAAUAUAAAAACAAUAUACAGAAUGUUUGAGGCAUUUAUGGCUCUGACAGUGGUUGGGAAAAAGCUGUUUUUCAGUCUGUUUGUCCUGGAUUUGAUGGCCCUGUAGCGUCUUCCUGACGGCAGUGGCUCAAACAGGUAGUGGCCCGGGUGGGAUGAGUCCUCCAUGAUGGUGUUGGCUCUCCUGAGGCAGUAAGAGCCGUGAAGGUCCACAAGUGUGGGGAGAGGGUUAGCACCCUAGGACCUUCUCAGCCAUUCUGGUGACCCCCUGGAGCUAAGUCCUUUUAGCCACUGUGCAGCUAAACCAUGAGCAGAGGCAGCAGGUGAGGAUGCUCUCCAUGGUGGAGCGGUAAAAAGACACGAGCAGCCUGAGGAUUAUCAGGAAGUGGAGUCUCUGUUGUGCCUUUUUUACCACCUGUGUGGUGUUCUCGUUCCAGGUCAGUUUAUCCUCUAGUUCAGUGUCUCCCAACCUGGGGUCCGCACCCCCCCUGGGGGGGCGCCAGAGAUCUCUGGGGGGGCGCAAAACUUCGUAAUAACACACAUAAUGGAAUACAGUAACCCGUGAUAGGUGAAAUCCGCGAAGUAGCAACCUUUUUUUUUUUUUUUAUUACAAUUAUUAUACAAGGCUUCAAAUAGCGGAGAUCAGAACGGGAGAAAAUGAAAAAUGAUUAUGAAAAAAAAAUACAAUAAGUAUAGUAGGACAGAAUGUCCGUCUUUGAAUAAUUUUUGUUUUUUGUCGAGAUAUUCAACACUUAAUCAUACUACUACUCCGACAGGUUGUUAAAGGCAAAAUGUUUUUGCUCUCAUAUUAAUUUUUCAGAAAUAUUUUUAUGUCCUUGCAAUUAUUUUUUGUGCAUAUUUUAUACAUUGGUGACACAAAAUGAAGGCAAGGAAAACAAAGUCGUAUGUAUACAGGGUAAACCAAAGAGAAAAGUAUCAAAAAAACAUAAUUAAUGUUCAUUUUUUAAAUUAAAGAUUUGUAAUGAAUCACUUAAAUUUUUUGGUGCUAGUGCGUACGGGUCACGGGGCCCGGCUGGUGUUAGACACAAGUAGGGGGGGGACAAGGAAAAAAGGUUGGGAACCACUGCUCUAUGUGGACCGCGUGGAAGCGGAAGUCACUGACCCGUUUCCACACAGGUCUCACCAAUGUUAACGGGCUGAAUGUCCAUUUUGUUUCGCCUAAAGUCUAUAAUUAGCUCCUUUGUUUUGGAUGUGUUCAGGAGUUAUUUUCUUUACAACACGCAGUCAGCUGUUGCACGUCAUCGCGGUAUGCGGAUUCAUCACCUCCAGUGACGCAAUGUGAUGUAAAUUCUGACAGCUUGAUUAAAUCUACUGAAAUCUGGCUUAUCUCUGAAGUCUUAUUCUUGGUAACGUAGAAGCGCUCAGUUUCAGUCCAGAUAUUCACCUC